ACGAUACGUGUAUAUUCGACUCGCCCUGUCCAGCCUGGUCGAUGGGAUCCUCAUGUCACACGGGUGAAGCGUUCUCUCCCGAAGUUACCGAAUAACAAGCCGUAUUAUAUUCUCGGAGGGGCUUCUCUGAUCGUGUUCUGGUAUAUCUUUUCCUCUUAUCUUAACAAUAAAGAGCGCGUGAGCUCCUCGGUCUUGCGGAUGGUCUCGCACCGCGUGCGCUCCUCGCCUGAGGUACACGCUCUCAUUGGCGAGCCGGUGUUCUUAAAGCGCAGCGCUUUUGGUGAUCCCUGGAUCGACGGCAUAGUGAACCCGCUCAAGGGCAAAGUGGAUAUGAGCUUCCAGGUCGAGGGUCCCGAGGGUGUCGCAAAUGUGUACUUUACGUCCGUGCGGAAGCACAAAACAGAUCCUUUUGAGCUGCUCCGGUUCCUGGUAGUACCCGUGGGUGAUUCAAGUCGAGCUGUCUCACUACUGGCGCCCGGGCUCGCAGAAACGCUCAUGAACGGUAGUUAA